CGGAGAAACGAAAAAUGCGUUGGUGGAUGAAAGAAUUAUACCGAAAAAGAAUGCAGUAUGGAGUGACACUUAUUAGAGAUAUGCAGUUCGAAGUGGUAGAAGACACAAUAAAAAACUUUACAAGAAUGUCGACAGAAGAUUUCCAUUUCUUGAGACACUUGAUAGAGCCGAAGGUAAAAAAAAUGGACACCCGGUUUCGCGAAGCUAUUACAGUGACUGAAAGGCUGACUAUUACUUUGAGAUUUCUUGCCACUGGAGACUCGUAUACAAGCUUGCAGUAUCUGUUUAGAGUUUCAAAGCAAUCUAUAUCUAGGAUAGUCCCAGAAGUUUGUGAUGCUAUCAGUGAGGUUUUAAAAGAUUGGGUAAAGAUCCCCACAUCCGAGGAAGAUUGGUUGGAAAUUGCUCAAGAAUUUCAAGAAAAAUGGGAUUUUCCUCAUGCUAUAGGCGCCAUGGAUGGAAAGCACGUAAUGAUACCAGGUGCUUGA